AUGACAAUGCCAAUGGCACCGCUAAUGUACCCAGCCCAAAAGUCCGACGCCAUAAAUCCCGACGUCAAUUUGGAAUGGAUUGCGCCCACCGACCGACUAGCAAAACCUUUCAAAUGCCCCGGUUCCGCAACUUAUACACGAGCAUCGACUAAACCAGCCCGAAAGCGACGGAAGGUGGACUACACAGGCGCGGACGGAGGGGGAGACGACGACAAUGCAAAGCCGUACACGAACGAGGACCGCCUCGCGCUCGCGACCAGAGACGCCAAUAGAUUCCCCGUGUUCAAGCCAAAAGACAAAGAUGUGGCCUUUAGACAGAGAUUCAUGAUACCGUUGAUUGAUAAAUCGGCUGAUAGAUUCGAUGGGGCACGCCCUGCGCCGACGCUGGGGAUGAGGCAGGGUGCUACGUUUGUGGUGAAGCCCUUGCACGACCCGAGUGGCGAGUUUGCUAUUGUGUUGUAUGAUCCGACUGUGGAUGAUGUCGAUGAGCCAGCUUCGAAGAAGGAUGAGGAACUAGCUGAGAGCGAGAAACCCAAGUUGGACGAACCGCUCGUGCAUAAAAGUUUGGCGGAUAUAUUGGGUAUCAAGAAGGAGGUCGAGGAGCGUCCCAGGGUUCCCGUGGUUAUUGAUCCGCGACUGGCAAAGGUUCUGCGGCCCCAUCAGGUGGAGGGCGUCAAGUUUCUUUAUCGAUGUACAACUGGCAUGGUUGACAAGAAUGCGAGUGGUUGCAUCAUGGCAGACGGGAUGGGGUUAGGGAAAACACUUCAAUGUAUCUCACUGAUGUGGACGCUUCUAAGGCAGUCACCUGAAGCGGGCAAGACGACCAUCCAGAAAUGCAUCAUUGCGUGUCCGUCAAGUUUGGUAGGCAAUUGGGCAAACGAACUUGGCAAAUGGCUGGGGCAGGGCACCAUCACGCCUUUUGCGGUAGAUGGCAAGGCAUCAAAAACCGAGUUGACUUCCCAAAUCAAGCAAUGGGCGAUCUCCUCCGGGCGCUCCGUCGUCAGGCCUGUGCUCAUCGUGUCAUACGAGACUCUCCGCAUGUAUGUCGAGACAUUGAAGGACAGUCCUAUUGGUUUACUUCUGUGCGACGAGGGCCACCGACUCAAAAACAAAGACAGCUUGACCUGGACGGCCCUCGACAGUCUCAAUGUACAGCGUCGAGUCAUCUUGUCCGGAACGCCCAUCCAAAACGAUCUCUCGGAGUACUUUGCUCUGCUGAACUUUGCAAAUCCCAAUUUGCUAGGAUCCCAAGCCGAGUUUCGGAAGCGGUUCGAGCUGCCGAUUCUCCGAGGGAGGGAUGCAGCCGGGACCGAAGAAGAACGCGCCAAGGGUGACGAACGUCUGGCGGAGCUUUCCACCAUCGUCAACAAAUUCAUCAUCCGCCGGACGAACGAUAUCUUGACAAAAUACUUGCCCGUCAAAUACGAGCAUGUCGUUUUCUGUGGCCUUUCCGAUUUCCAAGUGGGCUUGUAUAAUCACUUCAUCCAAAGCCCGGAAAUCAAAAGCCUCCUCCGAGGCAAAGGAAGUCAGCCGCUGAAGGCCAUUGGGAUUCUAAAGAAGCUUUGCAACCACCCAGACCUCCUCAACCUCUCCAGCGAUUUACCAGGAUGUGAGUUUACGUACCCAGAAGAUUACGUCCCCCCUGAAGCAAGAGGGCGUGAUCGCGACAUCAAAACAUGGUACUCCGGGAAGAUGAUGGUGUUGGACCGAAUGCUGGCGCGCAUCCGCCAAGACACGAACGACAAAAUCGUUCUCAUCAGCAAUUACACCCAAACGCUUGAUCUCUUCGAGAAGCUCUGUCGAACGAGGGGCUACGGGUCCCUACGACUAGACGGGACCAUGAACGUGAACAAACGGUCGAAGCUAGUCGACAAAUUCAACAACCCCGACGGUGAGGAAUUCGUCUUCCUCCUCAGCAGCAAAGCCGGUGGCUGCGGACUGAACCUGAUCGGCGCAAACCGUCUCGUGCUGUUCGACCCCGACUGGAACCCCGCUGCGGACCAGCAGGCACUGGCUCGCGUCUGGCGUGACGGGCAGAAAAAGGACUGCUUCGUAUACCGCUUCAUCGCUACCGGGUCGAUCGAGGAGAAGAUCUUCCAGCGUCAGUCCCACAAGCAGUCUCUCUCGUCCUGUGUGGUGGACUCGGCGGAAGAUGUCGAGCGGCACUUCUCCGCAGAGUCGCUCCGAGAACUGUUCCAGUUCAAGCCUGAAACCCGAAGUGACACACACGACACCUUCAAAUGCAAGCGGUGUCGGCCUGACGGAGCGCAGUUUGUCAAGGCCCCGGCUAUGCUGUAUGGUGACACCAGCUCCUGGAAUCACUUUGUGAAUGACGGGGAGACCGGCGCGCUCAGCAAGAUCCAGGACUUGCUGAUCCGUCAGGAGACUGGUGAGAGGGACGUACUCGAGAAAGUCGUUCGCGAUGCCGCGUUCAAAGGCGACCACGAAGAAAUCCAGAAAGUCGUCGAUCAACUAUGCCAUGACUAUGCCUACGCCGUCCACCAACCACACGCGCGAAACGGAGGCCUCAUCGGACUGGCCGCGGCCUCGAUAGCUCUGGGAUCUGAGGGUGUCGCGCCCUACCUCAAGGAAAUUGUGCCGCCUGUACUGGCCUGUUUCUCAGACCAGGAUGCGCGGGUCCGAUAUUAUGCCUGCGAGAGCAUGUACAACAUCGCCAAAGUCGCAAAGGGGGAAAUAUUACUCUUUUUCAAUGAGAUUUUUGACGAUCUCAGCAAGUUAGCUUCUGAUUCGGAAAUGUCGGUGAAGAACGGCGCCGAACUUCUUGAUAGGCUUGUCAAAGACAUCGUUUCGGAAUCGGCGGCUUCGUAUGUCUCGGUCCUCCAGCUCUCCGACAAACAAGCAUCGGACACGGAAACGUUGGAAGAUGCGGACCUUCCGACGGCGUUUUCCCUCCCGAAAUUCAUACCGCUGCUCAAAGAGCGAAUACACGUUAUAAGCCCUUUUACGCGGAAUUUCUUGGUGUCAUGGCUGGCUUUGUUGGACACCAUUCCGGACCUGGAACUCGUUGCGUAUCUGCCGGAGUUUCUUGGUGGACUGAUUAAAUUCCUGGGAGAUACAAACACGGACGUGAAUGUCGCCACUCAAGAUCUGCUCGACAAAUUCUUGACAGAAAUCAAAAGAAUCGAACGAUUAAAGAAAGGGAUUGAAGAAAGCCAGAAAAGCGAGAGCAAUGGGAACCGCCGCUCAACGGCCAGCGGGAGUGUCAGCACCACCACCGAGCAGACGAUAGGCGCCGAGGUCGAGGCUAGUGAAAACGCCAUAGAUGAUUCGGAAUCGGGGUCAAUUAUUGAAGAGGGGCUACAAACCGACGGGGACUGGAUCCCGGGACAGGAUGUCCAGAUCGAUUAUCCCAGGAUCUUGGACAUUUUGGUGGGCUUUGUCGACACGUCUUUUGUUGAGGAAAUGCAGUUGACGGCCCUGCGAUGGAUCGACAGCUUCUUCGAAAUCAACCCAGAAGACAUCCUCCCCUUUGUUCCACGUCUCCUUACUCAGGUCCUACCAGCGAUGUCCAGUGGCUCGGACCAAGUGCGACAGGCCGCAAACCGAGUCAACACGUCUCUACUGGGGUACAUCGUAUCACUGUCGGAGGACAUGUCGGAUGAACCGCGCCAGUUUGCAUCGUCGAAAGCAGCAACGACCAGUAAAGAGUUUCUCGAACGGCGAUCGUCUACACCCGGAAGUCGACCCGAUGCAUCGCCGAACGAGUCCAAAAAGGCGACACCUCAGCAAGAAGGCUCGAACAUUCAAACCCCCCGCAGCAGUAUAAUAUCUACAUCAGUGCCGCCGACAGACCUUGACUACGCCGCAGCCGUCAAUUCACUGACCCUGCAAUUUCUGAACGAGAACGAAGCUACACGGGUAGCCGCGCUCUCGUGGCUCAUCAUGCUUCACCGGAAGGCGCCCAAAAAGGUGGUCGCUUUCAACGAUGGGACGUUCCCUGCUCUGCUAAAGACGCUGUCUGAUCCUGCCGAAGCGGUCGUUACCAAAGACCUGCAGCUUCUCUCGCAGAUAUCGAGAAACAGCGAUGACAGCUAUUUCAAGUCCUUCAUGGUGAACUUGCUCCAGCUGUUUUCCACGGAUCGGGGCCUACUUGAGGUUCGCGGGAAUCUCAUCAUCCGACAGCUUUGUACGAAUCUCAGCCCGGAACGUAUAUACAGAACUCUAGCCGACUGUCUAGAGAAGGAGGAGGACAUUGAAUUCGCCAGCAUUAUGGUUCAAAACUUGAACAAUAAUCUGAUCACGGCGCCCGAGCUGUCCGACCUGCGCAAACGACUGCGCAAUUUGGACUCUAGAGAAGGCCAAAUGUUCUUCGUGGCGCUCUUCCGAUCAUGGUGCCACAACGCUGUAUCUACCUUCUCCCUGUGUCUGCUCGCCCAAGCGUACGAGCAGGCCUACAACCUCCUCCAAGUCUUCGCCGAACUCGAAAUGACAGUCAACAUGUUAAUCCAGAUCGACAAGCUGGUCCAGCUAUUGGAGUCACCAGUAUUCACCUACCUCCGCCUCCAACUCCUCGAACCAGAACGCUACCCCUACCUCUACAAAUGCCUCUACGGCGUGCUCAUGCUCCUCCCGCAGAGCUCCGCCUUUGCAGCGCUCAAAAACCGCCUCAACAGCGUCAGCAACAUCGGUCUUUUACAUACGGGAUUACGACCAACCCUCACCUCCUCAACCUCCUCAACCUCCACAUCCUCCACCUCCUCAACAACACCAACCCCCACAACAAGCAGCCGGCUCAAACGCGAAGAGCCCUCCAUCAAGUGGGUCGACCUCCUCGACAAAUUCAAGUCCGUCCAAGAACGCUCCCGCCGCGCCUUACACCCCCAACAACACUACCAGCAUAACCAGCACGACUCGGCCGACUCGGGCCCCUUCGGCCACUCCACCUCGCUUUCGGCGGCGCUGUCUGCGGCGGAGCAGACGCGUCAUCGGGAUAGGCUGUUGCCUGAUGCGCCGAGGGGUGGGCCUGGGCUUUCGACUGGGGAAGGUGGUGGUGGAAGUGGUGGUGGGGGACGUGAUGGGGGGGUACUGCAGAGGGGGGCGUCUGGUGGUGGUGGUGGUGGUGGGACUACUGGUGGGAGUGGAGGACCGCAGAAGCAUAAGUCUAGUUUGUCGAAUUUGGGGAGGUUGGGGAUUGGGAGUCGGAGGUCGAAGAAGUGA